AUGUCGCGCAUAAGCAGUGCGACCAACAUCCUGAUGGAGAUGAGGAAGCUGUUCCAGCAUCCAUACCUCGUCGCCCCGGAGAUGGACAAUGCGGAGCUUUCCGAAGCCGAGCAGCACAAGCAGCUCAUAGACGCGAGCGGAAAGCUCCUGUUCCUCAAGCAGCUUCUUCCCCGGCUCAAGGAACGGGGGCGUCGAGUCCUGCUCUUCUCCCAGUUCAAGAUUGCACUCGACCUCAUCGAAGACUUCAUCCGCGGGGAAGGCUACAAGUACCUCCGCCUCGACGGUGAUGUCAACCAGUUGUACCGCCAGAAGGAUAUGGACAUGUUCAACGCGCCCGGCUCCGAGUACUUCAUCUUCCUCCUCACCACGCGGGCUGGAGGUGUCGGUAUCAAUCUUGCCUCAGCUGACACUGUCAUCGUCCAUGACCCAGAUUUCAAUCCCCAUCAAGACCUUCAGGCCAUCUCGCGUGCCCAUCGCUAUGGGCAAACUAAGCGUGUCCUGGUAUUCAAGCUCAUGAUGGAGAACUCAGCAGAAGUGCGCAUCAUCAACAGCGGCAAGAAAAAGCUUGUUCUCGACCAUCUCGUUGUUCAACAGCUGGGCAAGGACCGCGAGGAAGGCGAAUACGAGAACCUCAUUCUUUACGGGGCUGAGGACAUCACCAAGAUCGACGAGGACGCGUCGUCCAUGCGUGUUUGGACGCCAAAGAUGAUCAACGGCCUUAUCGACGACGCUGAGAAGGAGGCUGAGGAGAUGGCGAAGGCGCAGGAGGCGGCGGAGGCGGCCAAAGCCGCGUCGCAAGCAGACGAUGAAACCUCAAAGACUCACAGUUUCUCGUUCGCCAAGAUCUGGGAGACCGAAGCCAAAGAGGUUGCUGUUGCGGAUUCCGACGAGCCCGAAGCCGAACCAGAGUUCGACGAGCACGGCUGGGUCCAGUUCUUACAGCAAGCGGAAACAACUGAGGCUGCACAACGAGAGGCCGCCAGAGCCGUCGCCGGUCGCCUGCGCGCCCUGAAGAAGAAGGUCAAGUACACGCUGGAGAGUGCCGACUUUGGCGACACCACUCCUGAGAAGAGGAAGAACAAGAAGGGCAAGGCCAAGGAGCUCAGCCAGGCCAUGGUCAACGACAGAGACGAAGACGACAGUUUCGUGCCAGGUCCCGACUUCAACCUUAUAAGUGACGACGAGGACAUACCCGCCCCCGAGGGCCCCAGCGACUUGGAGGAUCUCAGUAACGAGCAACGCACAAUUUUCGGCGGGUUGGCCGCGGGCAAACGAAAGCUCACCAGGCACGAGCGCGAGCUCCUGCGAAGGUGGCACAGUCUCGACGAGAAGAAACGUGCGGAGGCUCUAGCCGCAGCGACUGCCUCCAAUUCAUCAGCGCCACAAGCGCAACCAGGGGACGCUCUGUCUUCUGGUCCUCCAUCUGCAGCUGCUCCAGGACUAGGUGAGGCGUCCCAGAACAUUUCCGCUCCCCAAGCUUCGGCCGCCUCGUGGCCGGUUGUCGGCGCUCAACCUGGACCUGGUCCCGGACCGGCGACGACUGCACAGCGGCUUGUACCACUAGCUGGUAGCAGCCAACAAUCGCACCUUGGAGCCGUCGCAACUGCGGGGGAGGCAAUCCAACGCGCGGCCAAUGGUGAGGUUCCGAAAGUCAACGGUCCUCCGCCCCUGGCACACCGCCCACCAAUGUCGGACGUGAAAUGGCCAAGCAUGCCUAUGGUGACAGGACCCAAACACUCUAUCAACGUGGCCGCCGGUCGAGCCGUCAUCCAGGACCUUUACAGAGCCUUGCAGACGACAGACAAUCCCGUGGGCCAUUCUGCGGACUGGGGCGAACUCGUCAGACUCACCACUCCGGUUCCGAUACGCAAAGGAUAUUACGUAUAUUUGGGCAAGAUCGCAGACGGACUGUUGGAAACUGGGCAACAACACAAUGCCCGACGCUUCUCCGACAUGGGGGGUCCGUUAGUCGCCGCCUUCUACUUCAUUGAUUCCGGCGAACCGAUCUACCCACAAGUUCAGCGCACUCAACCGCCGAGCUACCAGGCUCAGCCUCACGCGCCACUGGACCAUGGCCACCACGUGCAAGUCGUGCAUACACAUGCUGGGCAACCUGGCGUUCCACAACCUGGCGUUCCACAACUCCAUCGAGGACCCAUCCCACCCCGCCCGUUCGCCUACCAGCCUGCAUCGCAACAGCCCCACUUCCAACACGGAAGCUGGGCUGCCGUCGGCAACGGCUCAGUACACCUGCCGCCUCAGCCUAUGCCUCAGCAGGUACGGCCGCCCAUGCCUCAGCCCAUACUUCAGCAGGUGCGACAGCCCUUCCAACACCCCAUCCAACAGCCAGUGCCGCAGCGUGUGCCGCAGCCAGUGCCUGAGAUCGUGCCACAACCUGCGCCGCACAUUGUUGGGCAACCCAUGGCGCCCGCCAUGUCCCAAUUCUCCGCGACUGCCCAACCUCAGAAACAAAUUCCUCCCCAGCCUCUGCCCUCAGCCUCACAUCGAUCCCUUCCGUUAACACAAUCUCAUCAAACUUCAGCGACCACCCCUCACCGAGUCUCAGCUCCGCACCGUCAACCUCCUUCCGGCGUUGCUGGAACGGGCUUCCCGGUUCGCAUGUCACAGCUUCCGUCCUCACCUGCGGCCAGUAGGCUCGCUUCAAUAGUGCCGUCGGUGCCUCCAAACAGCGGAGAACCACAGCCACCAUCACCACUCGACUCACGUCCGUCCGAUGCAUCACCUGGCAAGGUGAUUCCGCUCUCGAGCAGCUCUCUGAAAGCAACGGGCGCUCAACCGGUUGUCGCCAGCGCGAUGCAGCUCGGUGACUCGUCCCGGUUUGACCCCAGGUCGCAUGGUGACCAAUCGGAGAAGGCCAAAGAGUUGUGCUAUUGGUGCCAGCAGCACCACAAGUUGCGAGACUGUCCCGGCCUGCUCUCCUGGGAGGAUAUCGAGAUGUACCGCCAGGGGAUUGAGACGAGCGACGAUACGGCCGCAGCCAAGGCCAGCGGACUCGAGGCGCUCUCCAUCAUGGAGGCUGCUCGCAAAGAGCGUGACGACAUUAAUAGCAGGAACCGAAGGAAGCGGCCUCACGGUAGCGCGAGUGACGCGGCAGGCGAUCCUGUCGAGAUCGAUUUGGACUCGCGGCCUCCUUCGCGCCCCGACACCGCUGCGGCUUCGAAACGUGUGCGGACGGCUGCAACGUUCCAGGGUUGCCAGGUCUGCGGCGAUGAGCUGCCACACACUUUAGCUGCCUGUCCCAUCGUCUUGGCCAGUGCCGACUCCAUCAAAGCUGCUUUGGAAAAAUUUGAAGCGGGAUCGCCAACGCACGACAUGCUGUCAAAGUUCCUUCGCGCCACCGAAAUCGGCGUAGCGGCUGGCGCCUUAGAGCCAUGUGCGUACUGCAACACGUCAUGCGGCAUGACGGUGCGCCAGUGCGCCGAGGUGCGCGGCAAGCGAAAGGACUUGAAGCAAAAGAUCCGCCACAUCGACGAGUGUGUGAUCGCCAGCAACGAGGAACAGCUUCGCGUACUUAAGAGCCGGCGCGUGAGGAGCGCCGAUUGGGAGCUUCCGAGCCUUGAGAGGCAGAUUUCCGACACCGAGAAGGAAAUCUCGCGGUUAGAGCGCGUUCUCGGACGUCUGUACGAUGCGUACGCCGAGUGGCCUAACCCGAGGACAGCUGUUACUGGAGGGCAACAAAACAACACGAGAGACGCUGGUGGGGAUUAG